AGCUUCUUGAAUACUUAGAUAGUCACAAACCGGAAGAGUGGUCCCUUUCCCAGUUUCUGUUGCUUUAUCGUGAUAAAAUUCUUAAAACCCCUCCAUUCCAUGACGACUGGCAUGCUUUUGAUGGAACGUGGACGAGGAGGUUUAUAUGGGCAGUCCAAGAACGAAACGAGAAGAUUGAUCUGAAGGUUAAUUCUGAGAGUAACCGCUUGUAUUGGAGAGAAAUUAUUCGUGAUCGUAUGAAAUUUGUGACAGACAAAGAAGGUCUUCACACUCCAGUACAGUUUCAUGGAGAGAAUGUUCGUAAUAGCUACGAUAAUUGUGAAAAGGCAAAUGAAAGAGUAUCAAAUUUUAUCUUCGAACAAAACAAACCCAAGGGGAACCAUUUACUUGCCCGACAGUCACAGAAAUCAGCCAAGAUCACUAACCCGAUAUAUAAAAAUGCUAUUGUAUUUAAAAAUUCAGAAGCUUUAAAACAUCAUACAGAGUAG